AUGGUAACCUCUUGGAUUGUCAAUUCUCUAUGCAAAGAUAUUGUUGACAGUGUCGAAUAUGCUAGUAAUGCCUUCGAGUUGUGGAGAGAGUUAGAGGAUAGGUACGAUCAGACGAAUGGUACCAAAUUGUACCAAAUCCAAAAGGAAGUUAACGAUUUGUCUCAAGGUGUGCUUGAUAUUAAUGGAUAUUAUACGAAAAUGAAGAAACUUUGGGAGGAAUUGAACAUGAUAAGUGCCAAAUCGCAGUGCACUUGCCAAUGUACAUAUGGAGCUAAGGAAAAUAUGCACAAAUCUGAGCAAGACAGAAGGCUCAUCCAAUUCCUUAUGGGAUUGAACGAGGUAUACACCAGCAUACUUAUGAUGAAUCCCUUACCAUCCAUGGCACAAGCCUUUUCUCUCCUCAUUCAGGAGGAAAAACAAAGAGAAGUGAAACCGCAAAGCCAACUUAUGAUGGAAUCUGUCUCUCUAAAUGUCAAUGUUCCUUCACAUAGCAGCCUGAACAGGGCACCUAUGCAUAAUAAUAAUUUCAGGACAAACUACUCUCCAAAUAACCACUCCUCUACUAGUAGACCUCGUCCCUUUUGUGAUUACUGCAAGCGUGCUGGUCACACCAAAGACAAAUGCUUCAAGCUCCAUGGUUAUCCUCAAGAUUUCAAUCACAAUCCUAAGUAUCAAAAGGUCAAGAGAACUGCAGCAAAUGUGCAUUGGACUCCAAUUGACAAUUUUCAUGUGAAUGGUGAGGAAAUGCAGCCCCAAAGCAACCACUCUAAUGUCAGUCUUACCAAAGAACAAUAUGGCCAAUUGGUGACUCUGCUUCAGCAUUUUCAGACUAGCUCUGGUGGAGAUAACCCAGAAAACAAUACUAUUGGUGGAAAUGCGAAUUUUGCAGGUAUUUUCGCUUGUUCUGCCCCUUCAACGAAGAGGCCUCUGGAGAUUGGUAAGGUCAAGGAUGGCUUGUACCUCCUGUGUUCAAGUUGUCUGAAGAACUCCUGCUCAAAGAACUCUUGCUCAAUUUCAUCUGUCCCUUUGCUUCUUCCAGAUUCUGUUUUGUCUAAAACCUUUGAUGUAAAUAGCUUGCACUGUCAACAUUCUGAUUCACCUGGUUUAAAUCCCAGCAGAGACAAAAAAUAUAAGGUGACUUCUUCCUAUUUGCCUAAGCCAGGUGGACAGAGUUACCCGGUACAUAUGCUGGUUGGAGAUCUAAAGUUGCAGCCUUCAUUUGCUGAGAUAAUGGCUGCUUUGAAACCACUGCAAAAGCCUAUAACCAGUUCACAAGUACCAAAACCACUGGGGAACAGAGGUCAAGAAAAGGAUCGGUCAUAA